AUGUCCAGCAUCUAUGAAGGGUUCCUUGACAUGAUCUCCACGUUGUUCUCCUUGCUGCUCUCCGCAGGCAAUCCCGCCCUCGCGGCCCGUGACACCUUCUACCCUCCCCUCAACCACACCACCUACAUCACCAACGCCUCCGUCGGCACUUAUGGUGGCAUCUACAAUGCUCCAGCAGAUAAGGCCAGUACUCCAACUGCCCAGGAUGUCUACAACUACUGUUCCAUGCCCCAUCCCCGUGCGGAGACCUACUCGCUUCCGUCUCCCGUCGCCAACCAGUCCGUCGCUGCCCGCCUAGUUUACCUCGAAUACGUGCAGCGACAUCAACGCCGCACCCCCUACAACAUUCUUCCGGGCGGCGAGAACCAAGAAUAUCAUUGCAACAACCUCCAAGCUCAUCUCUUCGUCUCUCCGGCCUCCCAGGGUCCCGCUCCAAUCCCCGUGUACAGCCAAACGUAUUCCGAUCCCUCCAAUCCAUUCUUGGAAAACUUUGCCAAUGGAUCGUGUCAGUAUCCUCAAUUGACGAUUGGGGGCUUUCUCGAUGGCUAUCAGCACGGUCGCGACCUCGCUGCCGUGUAUCGGGAUCAACUGCAGCUAAUCCCAUCGUCACCGGGCGAGGACAAUGGCAAGAAGAUCUGGCUCCGUUCGAGUACCUCGGCCCUCACCCAAGAAUCUGCCGGUGGGGUCUUGCGAGGUAUUUGGCCCGAUUACAAUGCACCCCUGCCGCUACACCAGCAGGCUUCCGGGGUCGACACGGUCGACCAAGGAUACUCCUGUUCCGCUCGCAGCGAGGUGCUCUCCGCCAUUGAAUCCACGGCAGAGUGGAACGAGCAUCUGACAGUGACCCAGUCGCUCCGCAGUCAGCUGGCAACCAUGUUCGACGCUGAUACCUCCAGCUGGAUGUCGACCUUUGACCAUUUCUCGGAUAAUUUCCAGGCCCGCCUCUGCAAUGGCUAUGAGUUACCCUGCAGCCUGCAAAGUGAGACUCAAUGUGCUACUUUCAGCCAGGCAGAGGAAGUGUUCCGUGCGGGCGACUGGGAAUGGAACUACUGGUGGCGAAACAACGCGAACGCGACUCGGUACAUCCAACUGGUCGAAGGUCUGUUCAUCGGAGAGAUUGUUCGCCAUCUUGAAGCGGUGCAGCAAGGGACAUCCGAGUUGGUGUAUAGCCACAAUUUCGUCCAUGACGGAGAUAUCGGACCCAUCCUUGGCGCGUUAGGCAUCACAGCCUUGCGGUGGCCGGGGAUGGGAUCGAACAUUGCAUUUGAAGUCUGGGAAACAUCAGACGAAGAAUAUUACGCUCGCGUAUUGUACAGCGGACACGCGAUCGAGACAAUUUACGGCACAUUGGAUUGGAUACCUCUGUCAUCCUUGAUAAGUAUUCUUCAGCCGUAUAUUCCAGACGACAUUAUCACCAUGUGUCAGUCUAGCUGA